AACGGCGUAGAAUACUACACCAUUCCCUCCUUCCAAUUCACCGCCGGCGCCCAAAAGGACAUCAAAGUCGCCUACCGCUCCUUCAACCCCACUUCCACGCGCGGAACAGUCCUCAUCCCAACCUGCUACGGCGGCCGCAUCAACACCACCCAAAAUUUCACUUCGGGAGCACUCAAAGACUACCAUGUCGUCGUCGCCGCCAUGCUCGGAAAUGGCGAAUCAUCCAGUCCCUCCAACGACCCGGACUUCCCUUCCGACUACUCCCUCCGCUACCAGGACUGCAUCAACGCUCACUACGCUUUACUAACCGACCAUCUUGGAGUCAAAGAACUGGAAGCUGUGAUUGGGUUUUCAAUGGGCGGACAGCAAGCUUACUACUGGUCUGUCAUGCACGGUUCGGGGGAUUCACCAUUCGUCAAGCGCUCGGUGGUAAUUUGCGGCAGUGCAAAGACGAGUGGUCAUAACUACGCUUUCCUCGAAGGACCGACUUCCGCACUAAUUGCGAGUAAAGACUACGAUGGCGGGAAGUAUCGCCAAAACGGCGUGAAACCUACAGAAGGACUGCGAGCUUUCGGGCGAGCCUAUGCAGCGUGGUUGACGAGUCCGGAAUGGUUCCGCCAAGAACUCUGGCGGGAAGUCGGAGCGAGUUCACUGCAAGACUGGCUGCAUCCUCCCGACGGUAAGUCGAAUUUCGAGGCUUGGGAUGCGGAGGACUUGCUUGUGUUGGCGAGGAUGUGGCAGGCGGGGGAUGUCGGGAGU